AUGUUUGUGCAGUACCGGUUGGAGGUAAUAGGGGACAGGAGUGCAAUAAACAUUCAGACUGUGCUGAUGGGCAGUGGUGUCACAUUGGCUCGUCUUCAGAGAGGACGAUAUGCUGCGGUGCAGAAUUUGAUGUUGCCCGAUUCAGCUGUAUCUGAUCCAUGCUCACUGCCAAUGGAAUCCGGUGAGGGUGAUGAAAGGUUGAUUCGAUGGUAUGUUGACGCACUCGAUAGAUCGUGCAAUCGACAAUGCAAAUCAUUUAUCUACAGAGGCUCUAAAGGAAACCAAAAUAAUUUCAUCAGUAAAUCACAGUGUGAAGAACAAUGCAAACCGCAAUGUACAAAUGUAUGCGGCAAUAAUGGAUCGAUGCUUCUGGAUGGCUCCGGAAAACCCACACAUUGUGGGCCAUCAUCGCUUUGUCCUGACCAAUACUGGUGUCAUGUUGGUGGUGACGAAGAGUCGACUGUAUGCUGCUCAGGAACUGAUGAUGUUUGCGAUCAAAAUUUACUGCAAGGAACUGGGAAGUAUCACUUGACAAGGUGGCACUUCAGCAAGCAAGAAAAUCAAUGCGUUUCGUUCAUCUAUCGUGGUGCGGGAGGAAAUCAGAACAUGUUUCUAACGUUGGAUGAUUGUCGUAACAGCUGUCCGUCGUCGUAUGAGAAUCCAUGUGGAUUCGGAGAACCCCUAAUCGACGGCAAUACACCAAAAAUAUGCAGUCCAGAUUCGAGAUGUCCAUCAACAUACUUCUGCCAUAUCGGUGAUAAAGGCGUACCUAAUUAUUGUUGUCCAAAAGGUUGGCCAUACUUUUGGUGUUCUUUGUCAUGCCAUUGCUCUUAA